GUGAAAUGAUGAUUCAGUUUAUCCAUUCGCUGAGUGCGCUGCACUGACCUUCUUCCAAGCCUCAGUUCCUGUUCUAGGAACUUGAGGCUAUGUAGCCUGAAAAUGCCCUGCAGUCUGCAGUGUUCUACUGUGAACUGCUUGUGUGUUGGCAGGCUACCGGUAAGAAUGGUUGGUGUCAGCAGGGAUGGGGCCCUCUGAGACCCAUCUCACAAAGAUGAGUGGUGAAAAUCUGAUCACUUGCUGCAGCCCUUUAGUUUUUUAUUAAGCCGAUGCCUGAGUAGCUUUAAUAGCUAUUAGCUAUGUUAGUAGACUGAGAUCUUCUGUUAGAAGUCUUUAGUUCUGUUUUCCUUGGGGGACUAAGAAAUUAUAUUGCAGGCCUGAAUUACAGGAAGGGGAGAACCAAUGGCUAGGGAAUGAGAGCCAAUACCUGUAAAAGCAGAGUUGGGCUGGGCGCGGUGGCUCACGCCUGUAAUCCCAGGACUUUGGGAGGCUGAGGCGGGCAGAUCACAAGGUCAGGAGUUAGAGACCAGCCUGACCAACAUGGUGAAACCCUGUCUCUACUAAAAAUACAAAAAUUAGCUGGGUGGGGUGGUGGGCGCCUGUAAUCCCAGCUACUCAGGAGGCUGAGGCAGGAGUAUCUGGGAGAAUUGAACCCCCGGGGUGGAGGUUGCGGUGAGCUGAGACUGUGCCACUGCACUCCAGCCUGGGCAACAGAGUGAGACUCCGUCUCAAAAAAAAAAAAAAGCAGAGUUAAUAUAUUGCUUAUAGUUAGUUGAACCAGUUGUUUGUGACACACCAGUGCCAUAAUCUAAACCUGAGAUUGAACACAGAUAGGUAGGUAUUAGUUAUCUUCAGGAUGGCAGAGAAUAGUAACAAUUCGGAGCACCAAUGGGAACAUUGUUUCCUGAGAGUUCAAACAGUAACAAAGUAGCAUAUGUUUCCUAAAUAUGUAUCAUGUGAAUCUUUAAUGUUUGUGGACAUUAAUACAAAUCUAGAGUGUGACAGAACAUCUUUGAAUUUUAUAUUCUCACUUAACAAAUAUUGGACUAGGCAAGGUGUGGAUACCUUUCCAGCUGAAAAUCUGAUCAAGGAGGCAGGCUUCUUGGCUCCAUGCUAAGAAUCAUCGAUGAUUUGUCAUAUUGGCCCUCUUGCUGGCAAAAUCUUAGUUUCUUAGGCAGUGGAAUGAAGCAUAACAAAACAAAAUCCCUAGAGGCUAGGAACAGAUAGUUUGAAAGAGAAGACACUGUAGCAUGUGCUGCUUAAGUACAUAUCUUCUGCUUUUGGAAUGGAAACUAGGAAGUCAUUUAAAUAGAUAUGUGUCUUUUUUAUCCUAUCUGUAGUAAUUUAUGUGGGAUAUUCAAAUAGGAAAAUACAGGCUAGCACUGCAUAUUGUAUCCAUGUCUUACAUUGUAUACAAAUGACUAUUAGAUUUAAAUGACUGUUCAACUAGCCCCAAUCUAACAGAUCGGAGAUUGUGGAGUUUCACUUCUUUGGACUGUGUCUUUUUCAUUUUGGCACUGAGUCUGCAGUCACCAUAACCACUUAGAAAAAACUGUAUUUUUUCUGUUCUCCUCGUGGGUUCUGAGUUUUAGAAUCUUGCCUUUUGUGUUGUUCAGUCAUCCAGGUGCCCUUUGCCCUCUGUAAGCCAUUAAACCUUUUGAAGAGGCAGCUUUGCUGGUAGAGUCAUAAGUGAAAUUUGGACCAAAAGUGAGUUUAUGAAGACUGGUGGGCAGGAGCUCAACAGCUGCAGGGUUGUCCUGCAGCCAGUGUCUGAUGUGCCCCAGCUGGGAAGCUGAUGAAUAGCUGAGAUCUGUAUCUGUGGACCUGAAUGUUGAUCCCUCGCUUCAGAUUGACAUACCUGAUGCGCUCAGUGAGAGAGACAAAGUCAAAUUUACAGUGCACACAAAGACCACACUGCCCACGUUUCAGAGCCCAGAGUUUUCUGUUACAAGGCAACAUGAAGACUUUGUGUGGCUACAUGACACUCUUAUUGAAACAACAGACUAUGCUGGGCUUAUUCCCCACAGGAGUGGAGUGGUUGUCUCCUGUGGACCAGCAAGAGUAGAGGCACCAACUAGAAAACAUCGCUGCUGGGACAAGAGGCUCAUGAGUUCCUGCCUCUGCUGCAGAUUCCACCUGCUCCUACGAAGCCCGACUUUGAUGGUCCUCGAGAGAAGAUGCAGAAACUGGGAGAAGGUGAAGGGUCUAUGACCAAAGAAGAAUUUGCCAAGAUGAAACAAGAACUGGAAGCUGAGUAUCUCGCUGUGUUUAAGAAGACUGUGUCCUCCCAUGAAGUCUUUCUUCAGCGGCUUUCUUCUCACCCUGUUCUCAGUAAAGAUCGCAACUUUCAUGUUUUCCUGGAAUAUGAUCAGGAUCUAAGUGUUAGGCGGAAAAAUACUAAAGAGAUGUUUGGUGGCUUCUUCAAAAGUGUGGUGAAAAGUGCUGAUGAAGUCCUUUUUACUGGAGUUAAGGAGGUAGAUGACUUCUUUGAGCAAGAGAAGAACUUCCUUAUUAACUAUUACAAUAGGAUCAAAGAUUCUUGUGUGAAAGCUGACAAAAUGACCAGAUCUCAUAAAAAUGUUGCCGAUGACUAUAUCCACACCGCAGCCUGCUUACAUAGCCUGGCUUUAGAAGAGCCCACAGUCAUCAAAAAGUACCUAUUGAAGGUUGCUGAGCUAUUUGAAAAACUAAGGAAAGUAGAGGGUCGAGUUUCAUCAGAUGAAGAUUUGAAGCUAACAGAGCUCCUCCGAUACUACAUGCUCAACAUUGAAGCUGCUAAGGAUCUCUUAUACAGACGCACCAAAGCCCUCAUUGACUAUGAGAACUCAAACAAAGCUCUGGAUAAGGCCCGGUUAAAGAGCAAAGACGUCAAGUUGGCUGAGGCACACCAGCAGGAGUGCUGCCAGAAAUUUGAACAACUUUCCGAAUCUGCAAAAGAAGAACUGAUAAAUUUCAAACGGAAGAGAGUGGCAGCAUUUAGAAAGAAUCUAAUUGAAAUGUCUGAACUGGAAAUAAAACAUGCCAGGAACAAUGUCUCCCUUUUGCAGAGCUGUAUUGACUUGUUCAAGAAUAACUGAUAUGCUUUCACUCAGAAGAAAAGAAAUGAAUGUGAAAGAAAGCCAAGCAUCACUUGCACUUAAAUCAUUACCACGGAAGAUAUAUUAGCUUCAACUCUAGUUUAAAAUUAUGUGAAUAAAUAUUUUGAUUUCUACAAAUCUUAACAUUUAACCAUGUUGGUUUAAAAAUAUUAUUGCUUGCUACUUGGACAUAACUAAUUUUUCCUUGUGCAUUUAAUACCUCUGGGCAGAAUCCAAAUACUGGGUUCUCCCGUAGUUCGUCUUUAGUUACUAAGAAAGGGUGUAGGACACAUUAGCCUUCUGGAAACAAGUAGAAGCCAUCACCUGGCCCAUGUCCCUACAAACCCAUGAUUGUCAGGGAGGUGCCAGUUACAGCAGGUGAUUCAGCUACUUGAGGUCGGUAACAGACCUUCCAUUCCUCACUGAAGGUGGGGUUUGUGUUUUUGUUUUGCCCUGUUACUCCACUGGUAGUCAUCUGGUGUUUGUACUAUAACAACAGCAAGAAAAUCUCAUUUAUCUUUAUAUACUCUUUGCACCUCCUUUUUUUAGUCGAGAUAUAAAUAUUUGAGGGGAGAGAAAUAUCUACAGGUAUAUAUGGAAACAAAUAAUGUGGUCUGCUUUAUAAGAUGGCCAGAUCUACAUUAGGAAAAGUAUGAGCCCCCUCCCUAAUGGCCGCUGGGGGGUGAGGGGGGUGUGUUGUAUGUCUUUGGGUGUUUGUUUUUUUAUAAAGCAUAUAAUAAAAUAAUCGUGCUACUAA